CACGCACAACGUUAGGAGUUCCCUCGCUUAUACGGUGAAAACGCCCCUCUACUCUCUUCCUAGCUGUUCCCGUCCGUAAGCAUCUCUGCCGGCUUGUGCCUGUCUGCUGUCCCAGCCUGCAGGGCUACACCUCCCGUGGCAGAGGAAAGGCGCUCCGGGGCGGUGGCGUCCGUAUUCCAAUUUUCUGCGAUCUCAAUGAUCACAAUCUGGAUUGAAGCUUGACACCCGGACCUGACAGGACAGGACUGCAAUCCAUUUCUAUGACAACAGAGACGGCUUUGGCUGGGGAAUUGAAUAGCGCAAUGGAGGGUGACGCCAUGAGAACCAAUCAGGUUCCUGAGGACCAGGGGGACAUGGAUGAUAGCUCAGAGAAGACCCCCAGCAAAGCCUCCAAAUCCCCCCAGAAAAGCAGCAAGCGGCCCAAGACCGUCCCUGUCAAAAUCACUCUACUUGACGGCUCGGACUAUGAGGCUGGAGUCGAGAAAUUUGCCAGGGGCCAGACCCUGCUGGACAUGGUGUGUGGCCAUCUGAACCUGCUGGAAAGGGACUACUUUGGCCUGACUUUCCAGGACACUGACAACUCCAAGCAUUGGUUGGAUCCUUCCAAAGAGAUUAAGAAGCAAAUUCGGGUUGGUUCCUGGAUAUUUGGAUUUUCUGUCAAGUUCUACCCUCCAGACCCGUCUGUGCUCAUUGAAGACAUCACCAGGUACUACCUGUGCCUGCAGCUGAGGGACGACAUCCUGUCUGGUCGUCUGCCCUGCUCGUUUGUCACCCAUGCCCUUCUGGGCUCCUACACCGUUCAGGCCGAACUGGGAGACUACGAGCCAGACGAACACGGCCCAGACUACGUCAACGACUUCCGCUUUGCACCCAACCAGACACGUGAACUGGAGGAGAGAGUGAUGGAGCUGCAUCGUAACUACAGGGGAAUGAGUCCAGCAGAUGCAGAGGUGAACUUUCUAGAAAAUGCCAAGAAGCUUUCAAUGUAUGGAGUGGACCUGCAUCAUGCAAAGGAUUCAGAAGGAAUUGACAUAAUGCUUGGUGUGAGCGCCAACGGUCUGCUAAUCUACAGAGACCGUCUAAGGAUUAACCGGUUCGCCUGGCCAAAAAUCCUCAAGAUCUCCUAUAAGAGAAGUAACUUCUACAUCAAGAUCCGUCCCGGAGAGUAUGAACAGUUUGAGAGCACCAUAGGCUUCAAGCUGCCCAACCAUCGGGCCUCGAAGCGAUUGUGGAAGGUCUGCAUUGAGCACCACACCUUCUUCAGGUUGGUUUCCCCAGAGCCGCCUCCCAAGGGCUUCCUGGUGAUUGGCUCCAAGUUCCGCUACAGCGGGCGGACCCAAGCCCAGACCAGACAGGCCAGUGCUUUGAUUGACAGGCCUGCUCCACAGUUUGAGCGGUCCGUUAGCAAGAGGUACAUGCUGCCCCGAAGCAUUGAUGGAGCCUCAGCUCUAGGCUACAGUAUGGACCAGCUGUCCCAGCGAAGCUCCAGUGAACGCACACAGUUCAUGUCCAGAGAAGACCUGGACCAGGAGGGCAGCCUGGACCUGGACCACGAUCAAUACCACAUUCAGGACCAAGACCAGGACCAGUACACAGAUCAGGAGCUUGAUGGUCAGGAUCAAGAUCAAGUUCAGAAGCAUACUUGGGGUGCCCACAUAUCAACACCCACCAGGACUUUGGAGCUCAAGGGUGAGGAGGAAGGCUCCCCUGUAGACUCAAAACCAGAGGAUCUGGCUACUCCUCGGCCCAAACAGGAGACACAGUUUUUGGAUAAGCCAGAAGAUGUUCUACAAAAGCACCAGGCCAGCAUCAAUGAGCUGAAGAGGGCUUUGAGGCAGCCCAACAGCAAGAUGGCCCAGAGGGAGAAACGCCUCUCCUCAGCUACUCCUCCUGGAGGAACCCCCGAGCGGAAACCAGACACACCUCCAACACCUGCUAUUCAUGAGGAACCUUUCAACGAAGCUUCAAGGGAACCGUGGGAGAGACGUCUAGGCUCCGUCUCCGAGGACGACCAGGACCACGAGAUCCUGUACCUGAAGGAGACCCACCUGGGCAUCGAGCGCAAAUGUUCCAGCAUCACGGUCAGCUCUACGUCCAGCUUGGAGGCCGAAGUAGAUUUCACCGUCCUCACGGACCUGCAUACGGGCAUGGAGGAGUUCUCCAGGGGCAUGACAGAGCUGGGGGAGAGGGGUGUGUCACCUGAUGUGGGUCUGUGCUUUGGCAUGGACUUUCUCCAGCAGCAGGGUCCCUCUGAACCCCCUCCUCCACUGGUGUCAGCCCCUCUGUCCAGAGGAGCUAGCAGCAGCCCUCCUGCCAAACAUACUCAGGCUGAAGACGUCCGAGCAGAGGUCAAACGGUCAGAUGUGCAGCCUGUAGUGCCCAAAAAACCGAAGAGGUCCGUGCCGGUGUCGUCGUCAGUGGACAGAGAGCAGUCGCACAGAGAAGCCGGUCGCGUCUCCGCCGUCACACCGCUGAGCAGGGAGGCCAGUGAUGUCAUGCCCACACCGACGGUGAGGAAGACGGACGUCAGGACUGAGACUCAGCCCAACGGGUCAGAGGUUACCACCACCAUCGUGGAGUUCACCGAUCAGGAUCACGGUAUCACUGGUCUGAGUGAAGUUUCUUACUCUACAAGGCAGAGUGUUUCCCCUGUGCAUAUGAGCAGUCUUGCAAGAGAGGCGUCAGGGUCGCCCAUCCUCGUUACUGAGAAUGUUACCUCGGCAACCACUCACGUCACCAAGACGGUGAAAGGAGGAUAUUCAGAGACCAGGAUCGAGAAGAGGAUCAUAAUCACAGGAGACGAUGAUGUCGAUCAGGAACAGGCUCUGGCUAUUGCAAUACAGGAAGCUAAGCAGCAGCAUCCAGACAUGCAGGUGACCAAGGCGGUUGUUGUCAGGGAAACAGAAUCAUCCACUGAGGAUCGACACGGCGCAUCAGAGUCCUGAUUUCCUGAGACAAGAUCGCCCCCCUUUGGACCGAAAGUGUCAGUGCCCGACCUGAAAUUGCCAUCCACCAUCCCUACUGAUAGACUCUACUGCCAGUGGUGCUCAAAUGGAGCCUCUCGUACACACACACACGCACACACGCACACACGCACACACGCACACGCACAUAAAGCUGAAACAAGACUCCUUUUGAAAUCCUUUUAUUUUUAUUCAAACAUUUCACUAUUCAAAUCAUUCAUGUUCAGCAGAGUGAUUUGGCAGGCUAAAAAAAACCUUUAACACUCCUGGUCCUUGAUUGGUCGACAAUAUGCCACCAGAAUUCCAAACAUCUGGAACAACUAAAGAGAAACGAUCCGAAUCCAACUAAAUUCCUAAAAUGCAAACCUCUCAAGCCUCUAUGUUCAAUCCACUUGCUUAAGUAUUCCUCAAAGGUCAAAGGGAAUCUGUGCACUCAUUCACACUGUGGAAUAACCCAAGGCCAUGUGCCAUGCUAGUACCCAUCUCAUGCAGAAAGUAUCAUUUGUAAAAUAGGAGAAAAAAAAAUGGUCAUGCACCUAGGAGUGUCUUUUACAUGUCUGUGCUGCUGUACUUGAAAAACAAAAAAUCAUUAGAUCCCUGGUGUGUGUGUGUGUGUGUGUGUGUGUGUGUGUGUGUGUGUGUGUGUGUGUGUGUGUG